AUGAACACCGUGUCUGUCGAAAGAGAUUGGGUCGUGGUCAUUGCUGGUGAAAACGAGGCGAUUCUCCGAACGCUCAAUUCUCAGAUGCGUCGCAUCGACCUUUUCUGUAAACUCUGCAGCCCUCUGCUCAUCGCAUCAUUGGAAAGUUAUGAUACAAAAGUCGCCAUUGUCGUAAUGGGCAGUGUCAACGCCGUCUCUACCAUUGCAGAAUAUUCCUUCAUUGAAAGGGUAUAUGCGGCGGUCCCGAAACUUGUGCGCGGCUGUACGCCUCCCGUCAGAAACCAUGGGAGCGGUGAUGACCUGGAACAAGAAUCGGCGUCCGUUCCACAUGAUGUUGUCAGACUGUCAUUGUGGCGAGAUUUGAACAUCUACACAUCUCAGGGAGCCUUCCUGCCCUCCGUCUCACUGUCCAUCCUGUACCUAACGGUCUUGUCCUUUUCUGGACAAAUGGUUACCUAUCUUCUGGCCAGCGGGUAUACCUCGACCAUGAUUGCGGUGCUGCGUUUGAUAUCAACUGGGUGUGAGAUGUCGGCCACUUGGAUGGCACCGUCCGUCAUGGGUUUGAUUGGGCCCAUCAGAUCCGGCCUUUGGUUCCUUAACUUUCAGAUGGUCUGUCUAGCCAUCGCCCUCAGUUUCUUCUGGAUGGCAGGGUCGCCAGUAUGGGCAGCUUCUGGACUGAUCGUCGGCACGAUCCUUAGCCGCGUUGGUCUUUGGGGAUUUGAGCUAUCGGCACAAGUCAUUAUUCAAGAGCAAGUCGAACCAGAAUUCCGUGGGUCUUUCUCGACAACCGAAUCCUCGAUUCAAAAUAUCUUUGAGCUCUGCGCAUAUGCCUCGACCAUUCCGUUUACAUAG